AUGAGCCGAGUUUACCUCUGCACUCGACACACGCCCCUCGAAGCAGAAAUGUCGAACGCUCGUACCGAAGCAGUGAUGAGUACGGAAAACCCUGACGCUGAGUCGGACGGGGAAGGCUUUGAGAUUGAAGUGUUUAAAUCGCAAGUGGUAACUAUCGCCUCGUGCAGUUUUACAGAGGACAAAAGUAGCGUGGAGAAUAUUCGCUAUAAAAGCUGCGGUGAUCCAACCGGACUUCUACCCAACAAAGUGACCGCUGUUGUCGAAGCAAACGAUAGCAAAAAAGAGUCCAUUGUGGCUGGAAGUGCCGUGGAGCAUAAAGCGAGGCGAUUCAAGCGUAUCUCACUCCCUCAGUGGCUUCUAAAACCAAGCAGAAAAGCCUCGCACAGCUCAUCGCGCAUACGAAGAGUAAGCGGUGCCGGAAAGCAUAGGAUAAUGCGCAUUAACUCGGCGCCAACUAAAUCGUUUACUCCUGGAAAUGGGAAUAAUUUUGCUCAUUACGACGAGAGUAAGUUCCAUAUUUUCCACAAGAACGCUUCUAAAGAAAAAGAGCACGAGGCGGCUAAUCAACAGACUAAAGAAACGCGGAAAAUGAGAAGGGUAUCUUUACCAGCUCAUGUGUUAGACAUGUCAGGAUCAAUGAUGGCUAAACGACUAGCUGACGCGCCAAUGCCACGAACACCUGACCCGAAGAGAAAAAACCUCGCGGAAUUAGACGAAAAAUUUAUCCAGUCUUUGCAAAUAAAAGGCCCUCAGUUCACCAGCAGCAUGACAACAACGAAACGGGCAUCAGCUGGGGAAAAUAUUAUGGUCAGUGGCAGCCAAGUCUCGUCUGCGAGUCAUGCCGAGAAUCACGAAGCAGAGGCAAAGCCGGCUUCCACGCGCGACACACGCGAGGUCUUAACGCAGUUAAAGAAUGCAAGAAAGGAAAAUCCUGUUUCGUCAAAGCCUCAUGACAAUUCUAGACCAUUGUCGCGCCCGGUGCUUAAAUUGCACAGGUUUCACAACCCGGACAUUUUCUACGUUCCAUUACCGGAUGAUGAAACGCAGAGUUCUGAUAAUUUAUCGUACAAGUUGUGUCGCGCUCGCCUUAUUGAGCCGAGGAGUGAGAACUACAUGAUACAAGAAUGUGUGAAAGAGGAAUUGCAGGCUUUUCUACAAGAUAAACAGUUCUGCAGUCAAUCGUGCCAGCGUUGGUGUCUAGAGCUAAGCCAAAGUAUCAAAACCACUGUGCAUAGGCUUAAGGACUGUCAAAGCAAGAUCGCGUGUAUCGUGUACAUCGGCGCGUUGCGUGGUCACGGGGUCCACGCGGCCGCUCAGUGCAUUUGGACGCCAAAUGACGACAAUUUUAUCACCGUGAACUUUAGAAAUCGUUCUAUGAUUGCCGUAGCAUCGGUUUUGGCAAUCAAAUACGUCUGA